AUGUCCACCUCUACCUUCGAGCUCUUCCCCGACCCGGCCCCCGCCCCGUCGCCAAUCUCGCCUUUCCGAUGGGCUGGGAUUUCGCCCCAGACAACCGCCGCAUUGCGCGAGACUCUGCAAGCUAAUCAUGAGAAAUGGCACCUAUUCUUCAACGAUCGACGGUUCCACAAUCACGGCGCGCACGCUAUUAUAGCCGCUUGGGCACUUGGCGCAGACGCUGACAUCAUUCGCGCGGUGUAUCAACAUUCGGCGGAUUACCAGCGUCCGGCGUUCAAGUCGCCCGCCCCAAUCACUGCUCAGAACUUCAAUGAGCAUCUCGGAAAAGUGGAGUAUUAUAGCUCCUACUUGGAAUUCUUCAAGGGAGAAGUCCAGGCGAAGGGCUUUUCCUCCGUUUUGGAAGAAUAUGUCUUCGCCGAAAAGUCCAACUUCGCUGGCGGCGCUCAGCCUCAGAUGCUGAACCGCUUUAUGUCUGGAGUCAUUCACCCACUUAUCUACAUGGGAUACGGUGCUGAAUUCGGCCUUCCUGGUAUGAUCAUAGAAGGUCUGGCCCAAACUGCAGUUCACGAAGUCGAAGCCACGAAGCUCAUCCCACCAUCGGCAUUCUCCCCCGCGACGUCAGAGCAUAAUCUCAUUACGCGCCUGGCGUCCGUGCUGGUUCUGGACAAUCUGCCUGUUUCCAAAGCCUCCACCACGCCCGGCGUCCACGCCUUCACCAUCGUCGCUCGCCUCCUCAAAGACCCGAAGUUCGAUGUGAAGAAGAUUGGCAAGAGCAGUGACUUCGGGUAUCUGGUGGAUAACCUGGGCGAGCCACUCUUAAAAGUCCUCGACGACUGGGUUGUGGACGCUUCGGAUCCCAAAGUAGUGGAGAAGAAAAUCGAAGAGAUAAUCUUCACGAAUGUCUUGCUGUACGCUGUCCCCGGUUGGAAGGAAGGACAAGACUUUAAGGCCAAUUUCUUCACAAUGCACCUUGUGACCUCAGCCCUAUUCUUGCCCUCUCUGGUGCCGUAUCUUAGGCCUGCGUCCCAGGGACUCCUCCUCAAAUCCUAUUUCGCCUUCUCACUCGCGUGGUACCUCUCUCAAGGAGCCCCAGCGCUCGAUAUCCCAGGAUUCUUUGCUGCGGAUACCCUCCAUCCUUCACAGCCUGGAACACGACCUACCCCAUGGGAGGGCGCUCUUGGAUCACCUGCAGCAGCAAGUAACCCCAAUCCAUGGUUCCCUAUUAUCCAGAACAGCAUCAUCUCCCCCGAUGAACAUGUGCCUAAGAUCCAACGCGCGCUCGCGCAUUACUCAGCAAUCUACGGAUCUCGACGUGCUGGAGAAGGGGAUCUGAAGGAUACGGAGCUUGAGGACGCUGAUAAAGUGGACGGAUCGUUGUUCAUUCGCGCGGCUGGGUUAACGGACAAGCGCAUGGGGAGGAUACACAGUGGAGAGAAGGCUAACGACUUCUGGGAUCGUGAAUUCUGA